CUCAUGGAGCUCUAUACUUCACGCCUCUCAGCGGAACAUGAACACACACACACACACUCACACACACACUACUCAGUGUAGCUCAGCUCUAAACUACUUUCCUGCCAUCGUUUGGGAUUAUUUAAUGCGCACUGCCAGUGUUGGUUUCCUCCUCCACAUUUCAGCUUGAGCACAGAUCAGAAUGAGCAACAUCUACGAGUCAGCAGCCACCACACUGGGCCUCUUCAGCAGCCCAUGCCUGACCAAAGUGGAGCUGCGCGUGGCCUGUAAAGGUAUUUCAGACAGAGACGCACUGUCCAAACCGGACCCGUGCGUGGUGUUAAAGAUGCAGUCCCAUGGACAGUGGUUCGAGGUGGACCGGACCGAGGUGAUCCGCAGCAGUAUCGGCCCUGUCUUCUCCAAGGUCUUUACAGUAGACUACUACUUUGAAGAGGUACAGCGUCUGCGCUUCGAGCUCCAUGACAUCAGCAGCAGCCAUAAUGGACUGAAGGAGGCGGACUUCCAGGGAGCCAUGGAGUGCACGCUCGGACAGAUCGUGUCUCAGAGAAAACUCUCCAAAGCAUUACUGAAACAGGGCAACACAGCGGGCAAGUCUUCUAUAACGGUAACAGCAGAGGAGUUAUCUGGGAAUGAUGAUUACGUGGAGCUUGCCUUCAGUGCCAAAAAGCUAGAUGACAAGGAUUUUUUUAGCAAAUCAGACCCAUUUCUAGAAAUCUUCAGAGUCAAUGACGACGGUACCGGAUCCCUUGUGCACAGAACCGAGACCAUCAUGAAUAAUCUAAAUCCAGUGUGGAAAUCGUUCAAAGUGUCACUAAACACUCUGUGCAGCGGGGAUCAUGAGCGAGAGCUGAAGUGUACAGUUUGGGAUUGGGACUCAAAUGGAAAGCAUGAUUUUAUUGGAGAAUACCAGACUACCUUCAAAGAGAUGAAGACAGCUAUGGAUGGAAAACAGAUUCAGUGGGAAUGCAUCAAUCCCAAGUAUCAAGUGAAAAAGAAGAAUUACAGAAAUUCUGGUGUGGUGAUCCUGAAUCAGUGUAAGAUAAUAAAGAUGCACUCGUUUCUGGAUUAUAUAAUGGGUGGAUGUCAGAUCCAGUUCACGGUGGCGAUUGAUUUUACUGCCUCAAACGGCGACCCACGUAACAGCUGUUCUCUUCAUUACAUCCACCCAUACCAACCCAACGAGUACCUCAAGGCCCUGGUGGCUGUGGGGGAGAUCUGCCAAGACUACGACAGUGAUAAAAUGUUUCCAGCGUUUGGCUUUGGAGCGCAGAUCCCACCGGACUUCAAAGUCUCCCAUGACUUUGCUGUAAACUUUGAUGAGGACAACCCAGAGUGUGCUGGUAUUCAAGGUGUCGUCGAAGCUUAUCAGAACUGUCUGCCGAAGAUCCAGCUCUACGGCCCCACUAACAUCGCGCCAAUCAUCCAGAAAGUAGCCAACUCUGCUUCUGAGGAGAUGCACACCAAGGAGGCCAUGGAGUAUUUCAUUCUGCUGAUCCUGACCGAUGGUGUUAUAACAGACAUGGCUGACACACGGGAAGCCAUUGUACAUGCCUCCCACCUCCCCAUGUCUGUUAUCAUUGUGGGAAUCGGCAGUGCUGACUUCAGUGACAUGCAAAUGCUGGACGGCGAUGACGGCAUUCUGCGCUCACCCAAAGGAGAACCUGUGCUCCGAGACAUUGUCCAGUUUGUACCCUUCCGUAACUUCAAACAUGGUUCUCCUGCGGAGCUGGCGAAAAGCGUGCUGGCCGAGGUGCCCAAUCAGGUAGUGGAUUACUACAACAGCAAAGGCAUCAAACCCAAAUGUAUGUCGGACUUCGAGUCUUCCAGAGCCUUCAGUCCCUAAGCAACUGUUGUUGUUGUUAUUAUUAUUAUGAUUAUGAUUCUUCUUCUUCUUAUUAUUAUUAUUAUUAUUAUUAUUAUUGUUGUUGUUGUUGUUAUUUUUAUUAGUAACAUUAAUAUAUAUUAAGAAAAGUGUAAUAACUUAUAAUUGUUAUGUCUAUAUUUUUCACAGUUUUGGGUAAUUUAUGAAUUCAUUUUGAGCAUUUAUAUUGAACUUGAUCCAAAAGCAUGUCUUCAGCUAGAUAUACAAUAUCUUUAAUAUGUGCUCAUGAUUUCUGCUUGUUUCGACAGUUUGCAUUUAUUAUUAUUAUUAUUAUUAUUAUUAUUAUUAUUAUUAGUUCCUUAAUUACUUGUUCAUUUAUCUUCUCGAUUAUUUACAUUUAGUCAUUCUUACCAGAACGAAGACUGCAGAGCAAGUCUCGGUCAGGAUUAACCAUGUUCCUUAGACAAUCGGGAACUGAAGGGAACGUGAUAUAUAUUUCAUCGCUAGCUUGUUAGAGUUCACCUGAGCAGGAAGUCAGCACUAUUGCUAUUUCCUGUUCCUCAGAGGCGCCGUUUGAUUACGACUUCAGUUAUAUGAUCAGUUCAAAUGUUUAUUGCACGUGUUUCCUAAAGACAUUAGAGACGAUAUGUGUACAGUAUGUAGAGAUUAAUACAGCCUAUCCAGUAUGUUCUAGACACGUUUGGUUCUUUUCUACAGGACUGUUGACCUUUUUAUUUAUUUAUUUUUUGCUAAAAUUCUUAACGAUUUUUAACCUGAAAGUUCUUUCAGACAUUUGAAGUGAGUAGCUGAUAAUGCAAUAGAUUACAUGUCCUCUCUUCCUUGUUUUGUAUGCAUACAUGUAUUAAUGAUGUGUGUGUGUGUGUGUGUGUACGGAUGGGUG